AUGGCAUCGAAACGCAAAGCCGACGAGUCGCUCGAGAAGCCGCAUGGCUACGAGUUCCUUGGCCCCCCCGGCGCCUUUGUCAUCUCCUUUGGCCUGCCUGUCCUGGUCUACGUCUUCACCUUCCUGUGCAACGACAUCUCGGGCUGCCCCGCGCCUGUCCUGCUCUCGCCCUCAAACUUCAGCUUGGACCAGCUGAAGAAGGAGGUGGGCUGGACGGGCGUCGAGGGUCUGCUCAACACCAACGCCGUCCUCGGCACCCUGGGCUACUACCUGCUCAGUCUGACGCUGCACGCCUUCCUGCCCAGCACCAACGUCCAGGGCACCGAGCUCAGGAGCGGCGGAAAGCUGGACUAUCGCUUCAAUGCCUUUAGCUCCGCCAUGUUCACCAUGGCCAUUCUCGGCGCCGGCACGGUCGUGUACGGCGCCGACUGGUCUGUGUGGACCUUCAUCACCGACAACUACGUCGCCAUCCUGACCUCCAACAUACUCAUCUCCUACUUCCUGGCCACGUACGUCUACGUGCGCUCUUUCAGCGUCAAGCACCCCAAGGACCCCGCCAUGCGCGAGCUCGCUGCCGGCGGCCACUCGGGCAACGUCCUCUACGACUGGUUCAUCGGCCGUGAGCUCAACCCCCGCGUUGUGCUGCCCAUGUUCGGCGAGGUCGACAUCAAGGCCUGGUGCGAGCUGCGCCCCGGCAUGCUCGGCUGGAUCAUCAUGGACCUGGCCUUUAUCAUGAAGCAGUACCGCAACCACGGCCGCGUCACCGACUCCAUCAUCCUCGUCACCGCCGCCCAGGCCAUUUACACCUUUGACGCCCUGUACAUGGAGCCCGCCAUCCUGACCACCAUCGACCUGAUUGCCGACGGCUUCGGCAUGAUGCUGUCGUUUGGCGACCUCGUCUGGGUCCCCUUCACCUACAGCCUGCAGGCCCGCUACCUCUCCGUCUACCCCGUCGACCUCGGCCUCCAGGGCAUCGUCGCCGUCCUCGCCGUCCAGGGCGCCGGCUACUACCUGUUCCGCGCCGUCAACAACGAGAAGAACCGCUUCCGCACCAACCCCGACGACCCGCGCGUCGCCCACCUCCGGUACAUUGAGACGGCCGCCGGCUCGCGCCUGCUCGUCUCGGGCUGGUGGGGCACCGCCCGCCACAUCAACUACCUGGGCGACUGGUUCAUGAGCUGGUCCUACGUCCUGCCCACCGCCCUGUCGGGCUACGUCAUCCGCAAUGUCGCCGAGCACCCCAUCCAGGCCGCCCAGGCGGACGCCUACUUGUUCAAGAACAGCUACGGCAAGUAUGUUGUGCCCGACGGCGCAAAGGGCUGGGGCGUCAUCUUCACCUACUUCUUCAUGGUCUACUUUGCCGUCCUGCUCGUCCAUCGCGAGCGGCGCGACGAGGAAAAGUGCAGGAGGAAGUACGGCAAGGACUGGGACCGCUAUGUUGAGCUUGUGCCCUACAGGAUCAUCCCGUAUGUCUACUGA